UCUGUGCUGCAGAGGCUUCCCCGCCUCCCUCAUCCCGUCUCACACCACAGUCACAUAAAUAGAGGGCCAGUGUGCCGUCAGCCACAAGGGCAUUUCUUGGGGUCCUGCAGCACCUCAGCACUCCAGCAGCCACCUUGUCCGGCCAUACUGCAGAGCAUGGAUUCCACCAGCACAGUCCGCCUGUGUCUGUUCUGCCUGCUGCUUUGUGCUGCAGCCCCAAAACCCACCUGUGACCCCAGUGCCUGCCCGGCCUGCCCCGAGCCAGGACCUGAGGGCUGCUGCCCAUCGUGUGCACCAGCCUGUGCCUGCCCACCCUACCUGCAGGAUGACUGUGAGAUGCAAGGCUUCAGUGAUGGACGUGUCCCCACCGGCAGCUCCUUCUACAUCGACUUCGCCCGCAAGCUGUGCACUUGCCAGCCCAGUGGGGACAUCACCUGCAGCUCGCGCUGUGACCCCGUGCCUGCUUCCUGCCAGGCUGUGGGCAGCCCAGUGGCUGAUGGCUGUCCCAGCUGUGUCUGCUACGAUGAGGAGGAGGUGGCGGUGCUCGCUGGCUCCGAGGUGUCCCGAGGUGGCCAGCUCUGCACCUGCCCUCCCCAGGGCGGCCAACUGCAGUGCAGUGAUGGGGGUAAGGCAUGAGCUGCUCCAAGGGCAGUGGGACUGGAGGCUUGCAGGAGCGGGAGGCCUUCUGCUCCUCCAGGCCUAUUCACUGGAAUGCAUUCGAGGCCUUCAAACUGUCCCAUCAUGUGGGGAGAUCCUGUGCUGUUGCAUCUAAGCAUCUUCUUGCUGGCAAGAUUUAUUGCCUGGUGGUGGGCAGAGAGGUUGUGUUGGUUGCUGAUGGCAUUGCAAUGAACCAGACCGCAGUUAUUUAUUUAUUUGUGAGAUGAUUGUGCUUUUGUGCGCGUCUAUGUUUAUAUAAUGUGUGGAUAAGUGUGACUUGAGUAAGUCAACAGAUUGGAGACAAGCUCUCCCCUUCCCACUGCUGGAGACUGUAGAAUGUGUGCUCUGAAUCCUCUGAAGUGUGCGUUUGUAUAGAUUUACAUCGUUAUAUAUGUAUAUGCAGGGAUACUGUAAUCAAGCACAGCUCCAUCAGGCUGAUGCGUUAACAAAUGUUGGCUGUGUUCCUUCAUGGGGUUGAAUAAAAUCAGUGUUACCAAU